AUGUCCAACCCAGACAUUCAUCCAAAUAAAUACAGCGAACUGCAAAAUAUUUACAAACACUACAUUGAUUCAUAUAUUGCGCUGUAUCAGCUGAAAACGGAAAAGGAAGAAGAUUUAAACUCAAUUUAUAAAAUGAUCAAAACAGAAUUGAUUGAUUCAAAUAAAUAUCCUCCCCAAACUAUGAUAAGAGACAUUUUAAAUAUCAUUCUGUGUAAUAAUCGCUAUGCAAAGUCAUAUUUAUUUCUUACCAAACUCAUAUCUGAUAAUUACCAUGUCACAGAGGUCAGCAGUAUUGCACAUAUUUCAAACUUCCUGUUUUACAAAGAAUAUGGAAUUAAAUUAUACAAAUCAUAUGAUUUUAAAGAAUUUAACUCAGAAAAUCUGGAUAUUCAUAUCGAAGAUACAAUUUACAGAGCAAUUAUGAAUAAUGACAAAGAAAAAUUCAUCACAUUCACAGAAAGAGAUGAAUUUGAUAAAAAUCAAACGCUUGAAAGCGAUUUAUAUCCAUUACUUGAAUUAUGCUGUUACCACAGAGCAGUUGAUUGUUUCAAGUUAUUAAGAACGAAAUUCAGCUCAGAAAUAACUGAAAAAUGUCUUAGAUUUUCAUUUUUAGGAAGAAAUCAAGAGAUCAUGAGUGAAUGUUUGAAAUAUCAAAAACCAGAUGAUGAAUGCAUGAAAUAUGCAAUUAUUUCACACAACAUUGAUUUUGUUACAUUCUUGAUGAAUGAGUACAAUAUAGAGAUCGAUUUAGAUUAUUGUGGAAUGUAUAAUAAUCUUGAAUCAUUUUUAAUUUAUUUCGAUCAAACUAAUGAUAUAAACAAAUGCUUUGCAAAUUCAGCAAUGUUUAAUAUUCAAUUUCUUCAUAUUGCAGCAGAAUACAAUUGUUAUGAAACAGCUGAACUUCUUAUAUCACAAUGUAUAAAUAUCAAUAUAAAAACUAUAUUAGGAAAAACCGCUCUUCAUAUUGCAGCACAUAAUAAUCGUAAAGAAAUGGCCGAACUUCUUAUUUCACAUGGUAUAAAUAUCAAUGAAAAAGAUAAUGAUAGAAAAACCGCUCUUCAUAUUGCAGAAGAAUACAAUUGUUAUGAAACAGCUGAACUUCUUAUAUCACAUGGUAUAAAUAUCAAUGAAAAAGAUAAUGAUGGAAAAACCGCUCUUCAUAUUGCAGCACGUUAUAAGUAUAAAGAAAUGGCCGAACUUCUUAUUUCACAAUGUAUAAAUAUCAAUAUAAAAACUAUAUUAGGAAAUACCGCUCUUCAUAUUGCAGCAUAUAAUAAUACUAAAGAAAUAGUCGAACUUCUUAUUUCACACGGUAUAAAUAUCAAUGAAAAAAAUAAAUAUGGAGAAACCGCUCUUCAUAUUGCAGCAUGUAAUAAUAGUAAAGAAACGGCCGAACUUCUUAUUUCACAUGGUAUAAAUAUCAAUGAAAAAAAUGCAAUUGGACAAACCGCCCUUCAUAUUGCAGCAGAAUUCAAUUGUUAUGAAACAGCUGAACUUCUUAUUUCACAUGGUAUAAAUAUCAAUGAAAAAGAUAAUGAUAGAAAAACCGCUCUUCAUAUUGCAGCACAUAAUAAUAGUAAAGAAAUGGUCGAACUUCUUAUUUCACAUGGUAUAAAUAUCAAUGAAAAAGAUAAAGAUGGGGAAACUGCUCUUGAUAUUGCAGGAAGUAAUAAUAUUAAAUCUCUUAUUUCACAUAGUGUAAAUAUUAAGGUGAUAUGA